CUUCUCUCUCUAAUGGCGCCACGCCGAGGCCCCAAAUCCGGGAAACCCUCGCCGGCGGGGUCGUGGGCCAUGAGCGGGCAGAAGCCACCCACCAACGUGGACUCCGCGACGGCGGCCGACGUGUGGCGCGGGUGCUGCAACCCGGACGGAGACCCGGAGCAUCUGCGUACGUACAUCCGCACCGAGCUCCUCCCCGCCUUCCCCGCCGUCGAGGCCGUCGUCCUCAGCGACGCCUACAUCAGUCCCAGCGCCGGCUCGCCGCCCAUCACCGCCUCCGUCUCCUACAUCCUCGAAGCGCACCCGGGGCCCUUCCGCUGCGUCCACCUCGUCUCCAGCAAGAUGGGCGCGCACCGGGCCCAGCUCGCCCGCUGGCUCGACCUCCUCGCCGCCAAGGGCGUCCAAGAACUCGUCCUCCUCAAUCGCCCGCUGCCGCUCGAUGUGCCCCUCCCUGCCACGCUCUUCAGCGUCACCACCCUCACCCGCCUCUACAUCGGCCUCUGGAAGUUCCCGGACGUGGGCAUGAUACCGCGCGGCACCUCCUUCCCCUAUCUCCGCGAGCUCGGCAUCUGCAGCGUCGUCAUGGAGGACGGAGACAUCGAGUCCGUCAUCGCCAGAAGCCCCGUCCUGGAGGUCCUGAGCAUCCAGGGAAACAACAAGGGGCUGCGCCUUCGCAUCGUCAGCCAGAGCAUCCGGUGCGUGCAAAUUUGCGGCUCCGUUCUGGAGAGCAUCACCGUGGUGAAGGCUCCACUUCUCGACAGACUCAUCCUGGAGGGACCUCGGGGCAACACCGGUGGCUUCAGCACCAGAGUCCUGAUUGGUGAUGCCCCCAAGCUCCACGCUUUGGGGAUCUUGGAGCCAGGAAAUCACAUUCUAGAGACCCGAGACAUCGUGGCUGGGAUAAAACCAACCUCACGCACCAUGCUCACCAGCGUCAAGACCCUGAGUUUGAAGGUGCGUUUCGGAAACCACAAUGACGUCAAGAUGCUGCCCACCUUCCUCAGAUGUUUUCCCAAUCUGGAGAAACUCCAUAUUACAUCUGGAAAAUGUGAUUUUGAAGCUGGCAGUGCCAGGCUCAACCUCAAGUUCUGGGAGUUGGCUAAACCCACCGAAAAUGUCAAGUCGUGCAUUAAGGUGUUGUCUUUCCGUGAAUUCCGGGGGGAGAUAGGUGAGGUUGCUUUCAUCAAGUUCUUCUUCCGGAAUGCGAGGGUCCUCGAGAGUGCAUCGAUUAGUAUGGCCAAUCCCAGCGUCACACCAUUUUGUACUGACGAGGCAUUUUCCAAAGCGUCAAAAGCUUCUGAUAAAACAGCCAGUAAAUCCGAGAUCAAUAUGGUGGUUCUUGGUAGCACAGGUCCUGAAGGAGGUAGCCUCUGGAACUUUAAGAAGGGAGCCGAUUACACUUUUGAUGACCCUUUCUCAGCAGUGCAGAUGCGUGUCACUAAAGAUGGAGAGUAAUCCUGCAAUAUCCGUGGCACUGUGGAAGUUUUCUGGAUGUCAAUGAUGAAGCAUUAUCCGUGGCACGGUGGAAGUUUUUUGGAUGUCAAUGAUAAAAUAGAAAUCCUGCAAUAUCUGAUUCGCUUGCUACCCAUGUCCUGACUUUGGUUGUAUUGCAUUGCAGACUUUGUGUUAAAUUCGUGCCCUGAUGUCUGGUGCGUAUUAGAAAUACUACUGACUGAUGGUUUGCUUGUGGUGCCUGUGUCUUCUAACUUCUCGGUAUAUGUUUCUUCCA